UUCAACAUGAACUAAGAAGAUAAAUCUUCUGAAUAUUCUUACUUCUUAGUUCAUGCUUUUCAGUUUUUCAAAGUGCGGUUGCUUUGGAUUAAUUAUUUGUUCAUGAUAAAAUUCAAACUUUGGAUUUAGUUAUUUUUUAGUAUUAUUGUGUUAAAUACUAUUAAAUACUAUUAAAUACUUAAUAGUCAAUAUUGUUUUUAUUACAUAAAUCCACAAUAUAUUUAAUUAAAUUAUAUUAUAGCAUUUUAACAGUUAUUUUGUACAAAAUAAUACAACAUUAAUAUUUUUUGUAUAAAAUAUCUAAAAUGGCGAUUCCAUGUAUACAAGUUGAGAAAUGUGAAAAGUGUUUGAACUAUUAUCCUAUCAAAUCUGUUCAUCAAUGUAUGCCUGUUACAGUUGAAGAGCCUAGAAAAUUAAAAAAAAUUUUACCCGCAGUGUGUAUUGGAGAUAAAGUACAGUCGUUUAUAAAUCUUAGUGAUUGUGACGGAGAUCAAAAUAAAGUAAAUGACAGAAUAAAUGAUUUUAAUUCAACUUUGUGUUUAAUAAAUGCUAUUAAGGCUCGUCGUCCAUUGUUUGAUCAUACAAUACCUUUAUCAGAAAGGUGUGAAUCAAUUAAAAAUAAACUAUGGAAUGAAGUAUAUGAUGAACUACAAGGUCAAGUUACCACUGAUGAAUUAAAAAAAAAAUGGAAAUACCUAAAAGAAAAAUAUGUACGUGAAAGACAAAAGGCGAAAAAAAGUGAUCCUAAAGGAGGUAGAAGAAUAAAAUGGUUACAUUAUGUUCAACUGUCAUUUCUAGAAGAAGUUGUAACACAAAGUCAUGACAAAAAUAAUUUAGAUUUAAAUUUAGACAACCAUUCUGAAGACUCUCCUCAAAGCUUAACUACUGCUAGAAAGCAAAAAAGAAAAGAAAAAAAUGAGCAUACAAUUUCAAGGCCUACAUUACCAACAGAACUAAAUGAGGAACCACAUGAUUCUGAUGUCGCCUUUGGAAAAUACAUAGUAGCAUUAAUGAAAGAUAUACCAAUAAAAAAGAGAAAAAAGUUACAAUAUCAGUUUAUAGCAUCUCUUAUAUCUGCUCAGGAUCCAGAGUGAUGCACUUUCUUCACAAUUUUUAUAACACAUGUACAGACUCAUAUUAUACAUAUUAAUUAUUUUUAUUUGUGAAUGUUGUUUUAAUUUUUAUCAAUAUUUGUUAAUCUUAUUAAAAUGUGUGUAUAAUAGUA